UUUCCGGGGCCUGCGGGGAAGACGAGCGCCAGCCCGGGGCCUCAGCCAUGAGGGGCCCGAGGCCCUGAGGAGGUGAGUAGCAGCGGGCGGGAGGCCUGGCUGCUGGGGAAGAAGGUAAUGUGGAGUAAAAUGCUGUGUGAAGAUUAUGUGCACCUAAACAUAUUCUAAGUAAGGUGCCUAUAGGUAGCACAUGCAGAUGUUUACCAUGGCCUCAGUGACUCCAUCCUCCUCCUUCAAAGAGUUCUGCCCCUUGUACUAUCUUCUCAAUGCAAUUCCUACGAAGAUUCAAAAGGGAUUCCGUUCCAUUUUGGUAUACCUCACUGCGCUUGACACAAAUGGAGAAUACAUUGCUGUAGGGAGCAGCAUUGGGAUGCUGUAUUUGUAUUGCAGGCACUUAAACCGGAUGAAAAAAUACAAUUUUGAGGGGAAAAAUGAGUCUAUUACUGUUGUGAAACUCCUGAGCUGCUUUGAUGAUCUGGUUGCUGUUGGGACAGCUUCAGGCAAGAUUGCUAUCUUUCAGCUUGUCCCUUCAUUACCUGGGAGAAAUAAACAACUUCGGAGAUUUAAUGUUUCUGGUUUCCACAAAAGUAGCAUCACAGCCUUGGCAUGGAGUCCUAAUGGAAUGAAAUUGUUCUCUGGAGAUGACAGAGGAAAAAUAGUUUAUUCUGCUUUGGAUCUAGAUAAGGGACUUUGCACCUCCAGUUUGGUAUUGGAAGAACCAUGUUCAAUUGUGCAGCUGGACUACAGCCAGAAAGUACUACUUGUCUCCACAUUACAACGAAGUCUACUUUUUUAUACUGAAGAAAAGUCUGUCAAACAAGUUGGAUCCCAACCCAGGAAAAAUACCGGCAAAUUUGGAGCAUGUUUUAUACCUGGCCUAUGUAAACGAAGUGACUUAACACUAUUUGCUGGAAGACCUGGGAUUCGUCUUUGGAAAUCAGAUGUCCAUGGGACAGUUCAGGCUACGUUUAUUUUGAAAGAUGUAUUUGCAGCUGGAAUGAAGCCUUUUGAACUCUAUCCUCGAAUGGAACCAUUAAACAAGAAUAGCUAUAGUUUCCCAGAGAGGCAGCUUGGACUCAUUUCCUGUUUUUUCCAGGAAGGCUGGGUGUUGAGCUGGAAUGAAUAUAGUAUCUAUUUAUUAGACACAGUAAACCAGACAAUGAUUGGCAGUUUGGAAGGGUCUGGUGAUAUUGUGUCCGUGUCCUGUACUGAAAAUGAGAUUUUUCUUUUAAAGGGAGACAGAGAUAUCAUUAGAAUCUCAAGCCGACCUGAAGGACUUAUGUCAACAGAUAUAAGUUCAAAAUUGAUGAGCCCAUUAUCGGAUUUGAGCCCUAAGUUACAGAGCCCACAUUCCGUAAUUGAAUCGAUGCCAUCCAAUCCUUCUCCAGGAACCAACCAAAUACUAAGUGGUUCCACUUCACCUCAAACUCCUGGGGACAAAAAUGGCACCAUAGGUAAAUCUGAUCUGGAUGUAGCAUUGGUAACAGAAAAAAUUCGCUCGCAGAGCUUUGAUGGACUAAGAGACUUGAGCAUUGACCCAAGAAGAAGGGGCUACUCGGUAGCAAGUGAAUCAAGAAGUAGGAGCAGUUCUGUGAAUUCUGUGGACAGCAGCUCUAUUUUCUUGACUGGUGGGGAUCAGACUUCCUCAGAAAUACACAGGGAAGGUCAACUUCCUUCACAGCGGUUCAGCUUGAUUAGUUCUGAAGACUUCAACCAGGAACUGAUUGUCAAACCAAUCAAAGUGAAAAAGAAGAAGAAGAGAAGACCAGAAAAUGGAAUCAGAAGAAAUCCUAGUUCUCUGGAAAGCACACCGUGCUACGAGUAUCAAGGCUUCAGUGAUAGUUCUCCACUUCUAAAUGCGGACUCAUUCUCCAUUAAUUCUAGUCUGAUGGGCAGCAUCACAGACCGCUUAAGCAUGAGUUCUAUGGACCAAGAAAGUGUAUUUAGUACAGAAUCCCAGAAUGUGUUGCGGGAAGAAAAUGGCUCUGAAACAUUCAGUGUUCUUCAGUCUCCAGAGUCAGUAGCUGCUCUUACACCUGAGGACAAUGGUGCAACUGAAUUGCUAGAACUUUCUAACAAUGAAAGUGCAUUGGGCACAUUGCCAACCAUGGACUUCUCAACAUCUGAUUCCCCCUCACUUCUCACAGGAGACCAACUAGGUUGUGAUGAUGCUGAAUAUAAUUGGAACUCCCUGCAAUCUGAACAAACCAAAGCCAUCUUAGAACUGCCGUCCCAAAAGGAAGCACAUGUUUCUCUCCCACAUAACAUGGAGAACACUUCAGAUAAAUUAGAGUCUCUAGAAGAGACAAGCUCUGAGAAAGGAAUGUCUGCAAAUGUGCAAGCAACCUUUAAUGCUGAGGAUGGGUCAUUUGGUUGGGUUGUAGGUAUAGAAAAUAACCCAGAGCAGAAGCAGCAAGAGCCUCUAAGGGACAUAAUUGCCCCCAGUAAUAACAGUUUUCCUCAUAUCCUUUCUGAAAAAGAAAUGUGUCCUCAAGAGUGUGUGCUUCCUCAGCAGGACUUGACUGAGACAUUUCAAGCAGCAUCUAACACUCAUUCUGCCCACAAAUGGAUCAGUGACACACAUGAUGUUAGAACUGAGAAAUCUGUGUCGAGUGAUGAAGAGGAUAUCUAUGGGCAUGGCUUGCCUUACUCCUCUUCAGAGACAAGUGUGACAGAAAUGAGGGCUUGUCUUCCUCCACAGGACAAAAUCCUCAACAGGACAAACAUGGAGGAAGGGGUACUUUUAAAGUCGGAUCAGUUUGCAGAAAGCUGGAUGGGCUAUGCAGGUCCUGGCUAUGGAAUACUGAGCCUGGUUGUCUCUGAUAAAUACAUUUGGUGCCUGGAUUACAAAGGUGGCCUGUACUGUAGUGCUUUACCUAGUGCUGGUCUGCGUUGGCAGAGAUUUGAAGAUAAUGUCCAGCAGGUGGCGGUCUCUCCUUCAGGGGCUCUUCUCUGGAAAGUUGAACAAAAAACCAACAAAGCCUUUGCCUGUGGAAAAGUAACAAUAAAAGGCAAACGUCACUGGUAUGAAGCUUUACCUCAAACAGCAUUUGUAUCUUUGAGUGAUGACACUGCCUGGAUUAUUCGAACAAAUGGUGACCUGUAUCUGCAGACAGGCCUGAGUGUGGAUCGUCCAUGUGCCAGAGCAGUAAAGGUGGAUUGUCCAUAUCCACUGUCACAGGUUACGGCCAGGAAUAAUGUUGUCUGGGCAUUGACUGAACAACGUGCACUUCUAUUUCGUGAAGGUGUGAGCAGCUUCUGUCCUGAAGGAGAGCAGUGGAAAUGUGAUAUUAUCAGUGAAAUGCAAGCUCUAGAGCCAGUGUGUGUAACUCUUGGAGACCAGCAGACCAUAUGGGUUCUAGACAUCCAUGGAAAUUUGUGGUUCAGGACAGGUGUUGCUUCCAAGAAACCACAAGGGGAUGAUAACCACUGGUGGCAAGUGAGCAUUACAGAUUAUGUCGUGUUUGACCAGAGCAGUCUUUUCCAGACUAUAAUCCAGGCAACCCAAACAGUAGCCACAGCAGCCCAGGCCCCUGUUGAGAAAGUAGCAGACAAACUCCGGAUGGCUUUCUGGUCCCAGCCAUUACAGUGUCAGCCAAGCCUACUUGCAGUCAACAGUGGUGGUGUCUGGAUCUCUUCUGGGAAGAAUGAGUUUCAUGUAGCAAAGGGAAGCCUAGUAGGUACUUACUGGAAUAAUGUUGUGCCUCGUGGUACUGCCUCAGUCACAAAAUGGGCUUUUGUGUUGGCUUCUGCAUCUCCAACAAAAGAAGGAAGCUUUCUGUGGCUAUGCCAGAGUAACAAGGACCUCUUCUGUGUCAGUGAUCAAAACCCCCAGUUCCAUCCUUCAACUGUUCAGCUACCCCCUGAUGGUGAAAUAGUAUACUAUUCAGCUUGCCAGGAUGCUAUAUGGUGCUUAGAUAGUCUGGGACAGGUCUUCAUAAGGACACUUUCACCAAAUUGUCCAAGUGGGAUGCACUGGACCAAGCUGGACCUUUCUCAGUUAGGUGCUGUGAAACUUAGAAGUCUGGCAUGUGGAAAUCAGCACAUCUGGGCCUGUGAUGGUUCUGGUGGUAUCUACUUCCGGGUUGGAACUCAGCCUCUAAACCCAAGUUUAAUGUUACCUGCAUGGAUAAUGAUUGAGCCGCCAAUCCAGCCAGUUGGAAUCAAUCUGAUCAGUGUAUACUCAAGUCCUAAUGAUCAGAGUCUAUGGGCGAUAGACAGCAAAUGGAACAUUCAUGUCCGCAUUGGGAUUACUGAAGAGAUGCCUGUAGGCACAGAUUGGGAGCAGAUUCCAGGGCUUCAGGCCUGUGAGCUGGCAAUAAGCACACGGACUGUUUGGGCACGCUGUCCAAAUGGGGACAUUGCACGACGGUAUGGCAUUACAGAUAAAAAUCCGGCCGGAGACUAUUGGAAGAAGAUUCCAGGGAAUGUUUCUUGUUUGACAGCUACCUUUCAGGAUGAACUGUGGGCAGUUGGUUCUUCAGGAAACCUCCUUCAUCGUCUCACAAAGACCUUUCACCAUUCUCACACCUUACAGAAACAUGGCAAUGCUUCUAUUUCAUUUCUCUCUGAUGAUUUUGAAGAUGAGUGGGAAGUAAUAUGAGGUCCUCAAUGCUAUAAAAUAAUCAAAUAGCAAGAAAACAUGCUUUGAAAUCCUGUUACAUGCCAAACACCAGACGUUUAAAGCCGCAGACAUUUGGCAGUAUUAGCACUUUGAUAUAUUUUUUAAAAAACUGACUUGUCUAAUAAGCCCCGAAAUUGUGUAGUAAACUGUCUUGUUUCAGUUAUCUCUCGGAUGAGAUGGGCAACAUGGCUUACUGAAAUUGUGAACUUGUCUUUACUGUAGCUGUUCCAUUGGAAAUACAGCUUAUCAGUUUAACCAUAUUAGCAGUAAGAUUAAUUUGCUCUAGCAUGUACGUGAGUAUCUGUUACUACAGUGGAAAGGCUGUCUGUUACAUUUACAGAAAGAAACAUUCCUUGGUAGAAAAUGAAAUUAAUGAUGCAUAGUUGAACUGAAAAUAUUUAGGGGAUCAUUUUCACUUUAACUUCCAGGGUUCCCUUAAUCCUUUGUUUUGGGUGAAUUGGGUUUUAAAAAAAUCCACACAGACACACUAUUUUCAUACAUCAGUCUGGAUUCAGUUUUCUCCAGAUAUUAAUUCUCUUUAUGCAUCUACCAGCACAUGAAUGGCUUUUGUUCCACAGUACCUAAGACAAGGCUAAAACAACAUAGUAAGCUAGACUUGUAAAAUAAAGUUGGGUCUCUAGGUGGCAAGUAGCAUGACAUGGAACUGGAUUGAAUUGUGCCUGUAACCAGAGUAGAUUCCUAAUUUCCUUUUUGUACCAUAAUUUAAAAUAAAAACAAAAAUGUUAUGAUAAUAAAGAAAUUUAUCCCACAUGAGAGUUUGUUAUAGCCAUCAGGAUGUGUCUUCUCAACACUCAAUUCUUUAGCUACAUUAGCUACAUUUUUGCAAUGUCUUCUAUAUGAGAUGUUUACAGUGGGGGAGUGCAUAACUUUAUAAUUUACUAAUCACUGCAUCUUUCAUUUCACAAAGGCUACUUUACUUAAAAACAGUUGUUAAGGAAAAUGUAAUUCCAGUGACGUAGAUUUUUUAAAAAGUUUAUUUGACGUCUCCUUGGAAUAUUUUAAACAGCUGCUAAUGAAUCUGCAGAUGAGCCAACUUCCAGUGGUGAUGGGGAGAAAUAUGUGAACUUGAGAUUGUAGUAAAGCCAUGUAGUUUUUCCUUAAGAAGCCCUGUGCUAAUUUGUGGAAAGCUUCUUCUCCAUAGUGAGUUCACUUUGGUCACCAUCCAUCCCUGUUUUGCAAAGGUGCUUGCAUAAUCAGUGCUUGUUUGCUGGUUUGCUCUUUCAGUUUACGGUGACUAGGAGGUCAUAUUUGUUUUCCUCUGAGAGAGGAUCACUUUUGCUCGAUCCCUUCCUUAUCUAUAUAUGGACUUGGCCUCAAGAGUUUCUUUUUUUAGUCUGUCACUGAACCAUAACCAACUACUCAGCUACUGAAGUUUACUAGCUCACUGAAGUGGAUGGCUUUGAGAAACUCCUUGGCAAGUGGAACUUCAAAGCUGUAAAAGAAUCCAACACAGCCCUACUUUGAAGCCAAAAACUUCUGAUGAGUGGGGGCAGUGAGAUUUGGCUGAAUGUUCAUAUUACAAUAUUGGGGGGAAAUUAAAGACACAUUUUAUAUAUACUUAACACUUUUUAAAAAGCUUAUGGUAAUGGCUUAGCUUGCUACCAUUUGUAUUCCUUAUAAUAGUGCACCUUGCUUUGUUCAUGAAUAUGAAUUGGUGUUGACAACCCUUCUAAGGCAAUGUGCCCCCCCUUGUAUUGUCCUCCCUAACAACCAGAAAUGUUUACCAUCCUUAGUUUGAUUUCUGUACAUUUGUGUUUCUCUUCCCUAGUACUUUCUGAUAAGUGCAAUAAACUAGCAUUUUUCUUAAAACAUAA